UCCAAAAUGACCAAGGGCAACGAGUCGCCGACGUCGGACGCCGAGGACGCGUCGACCUCGGCGCAGGAGCGCGUGAUCGCCGAGGAGUACAAGAUCUGGAAGAAGAACACGCCUUUCCUCUACGACCUUGUCAUGACCCAUGCGCUCGAGUGGCCAUCGCUCUCGGUGCAGUGGCUGCCGUCGUCGCACACGAGCAGCGGCCAGGACUACUCGAGCCACAAGCUGCUGCUCGGGACGCACACGAGCGACGGCGCGCAGAACUACCUCAUGGUGGCCGAGGUGCGCUUGCCGCUCGAGGACACGGAGAUCGAUGCGCGCAACUACGACGACGAGUCGGCGGAAUUGGGUGGUUUCGGCGGCGUCUCGGGCAAGGUCGAGGUCCAAAUCAAGAUCAACCACGACGGCGAGGUCAACCGCGCGCGCUACAUGCCAUCGAACGAGCUUAUUGUCGCGACCAAGACGGUCUCGUCCGAGGUGUAUGUCUUUGAUAUCUCGAAGCACCCGUCGACACCGGCCGAGGGCACGGGCUGCAACCCCGACUACCGCCUCCUUGGCCAUACCAAGGAGGGAUAUGGUCUGUGCUGGGACCCGCACCAAGCCCACCACUUGAUCAGUGGCUCGGACGACGGCGUCGUGUGCGAGUGGGACCUCGCGAACGCCGGCAAGACGGUGCAGCCGCUCAACAAGUACACGGGCCACACGGACAUCAUUGAGGACGUGGCGUGGCACAUGCACCACCAAAAGCUCUUUGGGUCGGUCGGCGACGACAAGAAGCUGCUCAUCUGGGACAUGCGCCUCAAGAGCUACGACAAGCCGAUGACGUCCAUCAAUGCGCACGACAGCGAGGUCAACUGCGUUUCGUUUAGCCCGUUUAGCGAAUAUUUACUGGCGACGGGGUCGUCGGACAAGACGGUCAACCUCUGGGACAUGCGCAACCUCAGCUCCAAGCUGCACACGUUCUCAGGCCACAGCGACGGCGUCUUCCAAGUCGAGUGGUCGCCCCACAACGAAACGAUCCUCGCGUCGUGCUCGCAGGACCGCCGCAUGCACGUGUGGGACCUCAGCAAGAUUGGCGAGGAGCAGAGCCCCGAAGACGCCGAGGACGGCCCGCCAGAGCUCCUGUUUAUCCACGGCGGGCACACGGCCAAGAUUUCGGAUUUUUCGUGGAACCCCAACGAUCCGUGGGUCGUCGCGUCGGUCGCCGAAGACAACGUGCUGCAGAUCUGGCAAAUGGCCGAAAACAUCUACAACGAAGAGGCUGACGACGAAGACGAAGCUGUCGCCGACGAUGCGCUCGAGUAGUAAUCCACAAAGGCAUACAGUACGCUCCGUCAUCCUCGUUACGAAAAUCUACAUGUACUCGGUUGCUUCCGGC